AACUAUCAUUGUUUUCGUCACGAGUAAUUUGUAGACUUCGACGAAUUUUUUACAGUAAGAAUAAAGUCGCACAACUGAAAGAUCUAAGUUUUAAUUCUGCUCAUAAUGGACACAGAAAACGAAAACGAGCAGAUCGAGGAAGGAAGCGAGAAUGGAGAAGAAGAACUCGAGCAAGUUGCUGAAGGUUAUAAAGAAUCUGACAUCACUGUGGAUGAGGGAUUAACACAGGCACCCCACAAUAUGAUUAAACUAGAAGAUCAGAUGAAUAAUGAAAACCUAGAAAUGCUGCAGCAGAUAUUCGAGGAAGCCGACGAGGAUGGUGGAGGUGGACUGGACCUGGAUGAAUUUCGUCAAGCAAUGAUUAAGACAAUGGCAGGCAAAGGAGAACUGCCCGAUGACCACCAACUUUCUAUCAUUUUCAUGAAGGUCGAUGCCAACUGUGAUGGAACUGUGGAUUGGGAAGAAUUUUGUUCGUACAUGCUUCUUGAAAACCAGCUCAAGGACGUGAUGACAAGCGAAGAUAGAGAAAUGGAGUUUCCUUUCCCAGCACGUGAGAUACCCAGUGCUCAUCGUGACAGCAUGCCCAGGAUAACGUACUUYCCCAAGAUGUCACACAGUGCAGACGAUCCAGCCGACCACAAUGGCGGACGAUAUGUUACCAUCAGUAAAGAUGGUAUUAUACAGUUUUGGAGUAUGGACUUUAAUCCUCUUCGUACUCACUCGGUAGGCUAUGACAGUUCUAAGUCACAGAGAAGUAUGUGGGUUACAGACUGYGUAGUGUUACCUAAUGCUAAGAAGAUAGCAGUAGCAUCGGCAGACAGAAUGAUAGCAUUUUAUGAUUGCUCUGCKAACAGUUUYGACAAGCAGUUCAUCCUAUGUGGACUCGAUCACUGCGUGCUCAGUAUGGACUACUGGUGUAAUCCACAGAAACUAAAUGAAGGUAUACUGCUGUUUGGUGAUGCUGGUGGUAAYGUUAGCAGUAUUAAGUUCUCUGCUGCUACGACUUCUUUGUUUGAUCUCUCCAUCGGGCCGAUAAUCCCUACAGUUAAUUGUCGUCGAGUGCCAUUUCCUGAGAUUCUUCUUGGAAGACAUGCAAACGUUAAAGCAGUUCAAUUUACCGGUUUACAUAAUGACUGGGUUCGUAAAGUCAAAUACUACCCAACCCUCCAAUGCUUCAUCUCAUGCGCAAGCUCCACAGACUACUCGAUGUAUCUUGGUGAUGUCGAUCGCAAGAAAACGAAGUCGAUGUUUCGCACUCGAAAAGGCAUCAAUUCGUUUGACUACUGCAAGGAAUGGAAUGUCAUUGUAACUGGGGGACUUGAUCAUCAUCUUCGACUAUGGAAUCCCUACGUACCUAUGAAACCAUCUUCAAUUCUAAAAGGACACAGUGCCAGCAUUAAACACAUUCUUAUCAAUAGUGACAGGGGUGAGAUCAUCAGCGCUGCUGAAGACAAGGUCAUCAAGAUCUGGGACAUGAGAGAUCUUUGCUGUGUUCAAACGAUUCCAAGCAGAUCACUACUGAGAGGUCCACACCCAAUCUCUAGCCUUUAUUACAGCUCCAAGUUACAUUGUAUCUUAGUAGGAACUAAUCAGUUUUCAGUACUUGAAGGAAAAAACGAAGAACCAUCAGAGGAAAGGGAAAUCGCUAGUCAUACCAAACCACUUUGUGCAGCUCUUUACAAUGAUUUGUUUGAUCAGGUUGUGAGUGCAUGUCAUGACUCAGUGGUGUGUGUUUGGAACAUUGAAAAUGGAGAAAAAAUCAUCCAGUUUUCAAACGCGCACGGUGACUCGGAAAUCACAGCUAUGACCUUUGAUCAAUCAAARAGGCGACUUAUUACAGGAGCGCGAGACGGCACCGUCAAGAUAUGGAACUUUAACAAUGGAUGCUGUCUUAGGGAACUUGAGCCUGUUGAUGACGAAGAGAUUACUGGAAUCCUUGCUUUCAAGCAGACAAUUAUUGUAGUUGGCUGGAGUAAGAAAAUCAUCAUGUACAAGGAUUGCCGAGAUGACGAAGAAGAUGUCCCUCGUGUAUGGCCUGGAUUUCAUAAAGAYGAUAUUCUCUCGAUAUCAUUCUAUCCUCCCAAUCUUGUCGCUACAUCGAGUUAUGAUGGAGAUAUCAAAAUAUGGAACAUGGAGACGGGACAUACGUCAUGCGUGUUGAACGCAAGUCGAUUGGAUCUUCCUGACGCUGUCAAACCCCUCAUACCAUUGUCGAUUAAACGUCGCAUAUCUAAGAACAACGCAGUUCUCAGUGCAGUGUUGGCCGACCCACUGGUACGUCGAGAAAGCUUAGCCACUCAUCGUCACAGUUUUGAUAAACGCUUUAAUUCUCCUUUUCGUAAAAUGUCAAUUCUAAAAGAUCCAUCGGUGAUAGCGAUGUCUAAGCGAGCUCGCAGCAUAUCGACCGCUAUUUCACCUAUAGAAGUCAAAGACACCGAUUACGACUCAGUUGUUGAUUUGGUUCUUUUCCUGCCCAAACGCGAACAUCACCGUGAAACAGCGAAUCUAUUGACGGGUGAAUCAGGUGGUCUGGUCCGAGCUUGGAGUACUUGUAGUGGGAAGUUAUUGGGCCAAUUUAUGGCAACUCGUGAUCACCGUGAAUCAGUUACGGCACUGGCUACAGACGAGAACAAUACAAUCUUUAUAUCAGGGGAUACUGUUGGUUAUGUUAGGAUGUGGAAAAUCUCUGAUUACUGCAUAAAACAAGAAAACAACGAUCAGUCAACGUCCACUCGACAUAAACGUGCCCAGGUUCCUGGAAAAAGACUUCCUUCCAUACAAGAAACAUCUCCACAACUCAUUUUACAACAGAACAAAACAGUCCACCAGAUAAACUACGACACUCCACCGCUAAAAGUCAGGUUCAGAGCACACGUAAAUGCGAUUUCAAGUCUGGAUUACGUGAGUUGGCGUCAACUUAUUGUAACUGCUUCAGCCGAUUGCUCGGUUCGUUUGUGGAGCCACGAGGGGAUCUAUAUAGGAACAUUUGGCCAGAAAGCUCUGUGGGACCUGGAGCGAAUAACAGCAGACGUUAAAAAGCUUCCUCAUGACGUACAUCGUGUCGCAUCGACCGACACGCUGGCAAGACUUAGUAAAAGCUCGCAGAAAUGGAGGGUUGCAAAACAUAUUCUGCGUAUCACACGUCUGGGUGGCCACGCUCGACGAAGAUCCAAGUCAAUGGCAGAAUCUGAUCCCAAUCUUAUGUUACCAAAUAUUGACAGAAGUUUAAAAGACGUCUUGGGUAAACAUUACAAACCAAAGACUCGGCAUCGCCUUCUACCGCCCAUGCAGAAACCACGCUUUAAUCAAAACCAAAUCGUUGUAUAUUCCUCGUUGCCAUAUAAGGAAAUGGAAUCUCUAGAGGAACCCAGACUCCCGUCGUCGCUCGGAUGCUCACAUAGAAAGUCAUCAUCAACGUUAUUCGCUGAACAUCAUGACAAAGCUCGUCACGUUAAGUUGCAUGCUGGGACGCCAACCAAGCCGUCUAUAUUUCGAAGCCCAGCCAGUCGAGGUUCAGCUCGUAAACACGUCACUUUAAAAAGCCCAGAAACUUCUUAAUCUAUCUUGUCCAUAUUUGAAUUGUUUGUAAAAGUUCGUUUUGACAUUAUUAUAAGUGGUAAAAAUA